AUGCAACUGCUUCAAGCUCGCGGUCACCAUGCUCAUGCUAAUACAAAAGCAGUUGGUGUAGAAUUUUUCAAUGAUAUUCUCAUUCCCCCGGAUCUUCUGUUGGAUGGCGCUCGAUUUGACAUUGCCGAUCAGGUGUGGGUUUGGGAAAAUGAAGAUGGCUCAACCUUCUACUUCGACAUAGGAGAAAUUGUCCGUUUCAGAGUUGAGAUGGAGGAAUGGCAUGAUCAGAUUCCUAAUGCCCCAGAUCUAGGAGACGGCACAACCAUUGAACGAAAGCCCCCCUACUCCAUCAUAGGUUCGAUGCAAAUGGCAGGUUUGGGACCCGUGUCCUGGUGGUGA